UAUUUUUAAGGAUGGGUUAGUUCUCUUGCACUUGGCAACAUGUUCUUAUUUGCGCCCCUCACAUCAGCUCUCUGUGAGAAAUUUGGCUGUCGCCGUGUUGGCUUCAUUGGAGGUCUGCUUACAGUAGCUGGAAUGUUGGCUUCAUCUUUUGCGCCCAAUCUAUACACCCUUUACGUUACGUUCGGUAUGGUGUAUGGCAUUGGUACCUCGAUGUGUUACUUUCCGACAUUGCGCACAUUACCAUAUUGGUUUUCAAGGUAUGACAAACUCUCAUUUCAUUGAAAUUAUACUUAUUUAUAGAUAAAUAGAGUAGCUAUUAAUUACAGUUUUAUAUUACCAGUUUUUAUGCACCUGCGUCGAAUCAACCUUAUAAGUUAUGCAUGCAUGCAACUGUGUUUUUGUCAUGAACGGAUGGCAUUUGUUAAAACAAUGAUCGUGCAAGCGUAUGUCAUAAUCAAUCUUCAAUCAAAAUAUUUCAGGAUCGUACGUGAUAUGCAUGUCAGCAUGUAUAUGGGGCCCACCAAGGGGUUAUGACCGACAGGCGACAUUCCUUAAAAAGAGGCGACAGACUAUCUAAAAAAGAGCGACAAACGACAGCUUCUGGACUGGGAAAAAGCGACAAAUUGCGAUUUGUGUUAUGGGUCAAAAGUGAGAGCGACAUUUAUUACAAUAAAACAAGCGACAAAGCAGUUAAGCAGCUACAAAAUUAGUGACAAGCGACCUAGGUUGCACCCUCGGUGGGCCUCGUAUAUACCGCAGAGAGAUGCAUACAUGCUAGUAUAGGCGUCCAAUAUAGCUACCUACAAUAUAUUAUGCCCGAUAUCUUAAUCACGAAAAUAAGGCGUAGUACUUUCCGGAAGGGUGUAUUCUGACCGCACAAAAACUAUUUUGCAACGUGCAUUUUGAGUAAACACUCGAAAAAUGUCGAUUAUCAUUUUCCAAUAUGCGUGCACGUGCAUAUUUAAACUGACAUACCGAUUGAAACGUUUUAAAGUUGUGGUUUCCUGAAUGGUUUCCUGAAGUCCUUAAAAUUUCUGAAAUCCUUUAAUUCUACUAAAGAGCAGUUAUUAUUUGUAGGAUUAUUGAAUUAGGCUGUGGACUUCCAUCUUCAAUUUGACAGUACAUUGAUAGAGUUACACUGUAAAUUUCAGGGAGUUAAUUUAACUCCAGUGGUAUUAUUUUCAACUUAAUUUUACUCCACAUUUGGAGUUAAUUGAGGUACAGUAUAACUCCACCGGAGUUAAAUUAACUCCCCGAAAUUAACAGUGUACAUAUAGAACAUGCGUGGUAGAUUUAUUAUUUCUUACAUAGAAUUGUGGUACUAAAAUCGAUAUUUGAUAUGACAUAAUAGGCCUAUCAAUUGAUAUUGCUAUAUCAUUUUUUGCCAAAUCAUACCACAUGCAUUUUGAAUAAGUUUACCAAUCCUAAUCUUGGUAUUUAGGUUUCAACACCAUUCACUUUCACCAUGGAAUUAAUUGUGUGUCAUAAUUACUAAAUUAAUUUAACGAAUCUUCCAGAUUUGCAUUAGGCCACGCCGUUUUCAUUCUUUGUUACGGAAUUCCCUAACUUGUAUUUUUUAAAACAAAGAGAAAUAAAAAUCCUUCUCCUCUUCCGAUCAAAAUACUAGUCUUUGUUUAUAACUUGUAUGUUUAUAACUUGAAUUAACAGCUUAUUUAACCUAGAUUUUAGUAUUUAGUUUAGCCUUUAAGUAUGUUUAUCCAUUUGAUGUUAUUUAUCUUAUAACGAGAAAAUUUGAAACUGUUCCCCUUUCUAUUGUUAAAUAAAUAUAAAAGGAAAUGUCUCGGAUUCCCUGUGACAAUAUUUUGACAAAGAAAAAUACCACCACUAAGUGAGGUCAUUGAGGUGAGAUUUUAACAAAUCUUUGGGGUUUUUUUUUUACCAUGCAUGCAUAAAAAAGGUAAAAAAAUAUCGAUCAAUCUACGAGAUUUUCCACACGAUAUAUGUUUUUUACUUACAGAAGUUUCAACGAAUUUUUUCUUCAGUUUUCGCAUGAAGAUUUGGGAUUUUCGUGAAAAUGUGAAAUUCAUUUUAGAUCAUAGGAUUCGCUCGGGAAUCAUAUAAUCAUAUAAUGAUGUUAUGCUAUUAUGCUAUAAUGUUAUUAUACAAAUAGCGAAUAAUGUUAUGCAAUGCAGCAUGGUGCAAUUUGCCGUCAUAACUUUCUCUCGAGUGCAACUAUAGGUAAAGUUUCUACUGUACAACCUCAUGGUUAUUUUCGACAUCUAUCUUAAAUCUUAAUUAAAACAUCGUUUUGAAAAUAUGUAUGUGUUCCAAUUGCUAGACAUAAAGACUCGCAUGGGCAUUCAAAUAAAGUUUAAAUUCGAUUUGGCUGACCAGAGGUUUUCAGGCAGGACUUAAUUUAGAACUUUAUUUUUCCUGUUGUCUGAGCUGAGCCUUCAAUUGUUAUAACUGUAAAAUUAAUUUAAAAAAAAUAAAAACGACUACAUUUACUAGGGCAAAAAAUACCAAAAAUAAAGGAAGAAUUUUAGUACUGAAAUAUAGGAAUUAAAGAAUUUCAACGUAACCGGUGAUAGGAAUGGGCCGAGGAUGGAUGGGACGAGGCCUGAAUAUUUUUGACGAUAUUUUUCUUCAUAUUUUCCAUCCAUGCAUUAACCAAAACAGACCUGUGUACUGUUUCUGCCUUGCACCUUCCGUGUGAAUAAUAUUAGACGUGUGCUUGGCUCGACUAUGCGAUGACCGGUACUGCAUGGUUGGGAAAGAUGAAAGUCAAUUCCUUACUCUUUAGCAUACCGAUCUUGCGGUUGAGGUUCCUAUAUAUUCAGCAGCGCUGGCUUACCGUCCCAUAUAUGUCCGAGACUAUUCUUUGUUUGCAAUGACGUAAUUUUGUGAUUUCGGCUGACGGGCAGCUAGGUAUAACAAAAAAGACUUUUAAUGUAUUGAUCGAGUUUAGAGUCCGUCCAGUUUUUCUUGCUACAACCAUUCUGAUAGGAGAAAUAUCGUCCAAAAGUUGUUUGAUUGCCCGUCAUUUGGAUGAAAAGUCACGUGAUUGCAAACAAAGAAUAGUGACGAGAAAAAAGGCGAAUGCAUGAUUUUACAAAGAGACUUUGACAUACUAAGAUUUUUGAGGAGAAAUCAGUGCAUUAGAGUACGCAUUAUAUUUUUGCAUGCCAUAGGCUCUAAUUACAGGAUUUUUGGCAUCUCACUCGAUAGAACUAAAUGUUGAAGGAUUUUGUAGAUUGAACAUUCAGGUUUAAAUUUUAUACAUUUAUUGACUCUAAUCACAAUCGUGUGUCCAUGUAUUAAUUUGCAUGCAAGCUUUAUAGACUUACAGUUGGAACAGUGAUGCAGUUGGUUAUUGAACUGCCACUAGACAAACAGCAUUCUUUUACAUAGGAUACAACAUACAAGUACCUGAAAAAUGCUUUUUUGCAUUUUUUUAUAUCACCUCCUAAAAGACACCAUUGUUUGCACUCAUCGCUACCCACUGCACUGAUACCGACCGUGCGACAUUUUUGUUGCUAGACAGUUUCACAGUGCACCCAUGGCGUAUGACGCACAGAGCAUGAAUAUCCCAUAAUAAUUUAUAUUUAAGAUAAAUAUUUGGAAUGGAAAAAAGUUGCCCAAUGCAUGUCAUCUGCUUUGCAGACAAACAGUUGGUGGUCAAAAUCUAAAUGGAUAUAUCAAAUGUGAGACAGAUGCGUGGAUUGUCCAUUUCCACCCUCUACAGGGUUGGGAUAUUGCACAAGUCGUUGCGUAAAAUGUUAUGUGUUAAAACUAUGUCCGCAACAUGAACAUAUAUGAGUACAAACACUGACCAGUGUCAAAUACAGUAUAAUAUAUUGACAUAACUGGUAUGCAAGAUAGUAUAGAUAUUGAUGACUAGUAAACACAGCUGGUAAAGUGUAGGAUUCUAUAUAAAAGCUCCAUUGUUUGUUAAAUUAAUUACCAAUUAAUUAAGCGCUUAAAAAUUUUGCAAUGUUUUGUUAAAUCUGAACCAAAAUAUUUUCUUACGUUUUAUAAAGGUCGCUGUGGCCGGACGUUUCCCGACCAAUUGCCGACUGACACCUCAUCCAUGCUCAAGGUUGUUUGUGUUACUGAGUAAAAAAAUCGGCAAACAAAACAAUGAUAAAUUUUAGUAGGUUCUAGUCAUACGUUUUGUAUUAGCCUGCGUAGCAGGCGGUAGAAGCUAGAAAUACCGCCUGCCCAAAAACUACACAUUCUGAGUUCCGCCCACCGAA